CCCGGGACUUGACCACUUUGACCGAAAUAACUCGAUAUCGAACAUACCUAGGUGCAUGUUAUCAACAAGGCUUCCAGGACCUUCAUCACAGUAACGAUGCAUAGUCAAGCAAAAUUGUCACCAAAUAUUCUCCGAACAAGCGAAAAGAGAUUGCAUGUAGUAUUUUGAUUCUUCGAGCUACGGGCUGAAUCAAAAGGAGCUGAAUAGAUAAGUCGAGUAUAAGAAUAUUCGGCCGAAACAAAACUAAACCGAACGAAUACUGACUUCUUAGCCAGAACACCACAACAACUGAAAGGGUGGAUCGAUACGCACUUAGGAAUGGGGACGAUUUAAUCAGCAAAAAGGGGUAAAUACCUAAAAUAUACUAUCUUAAUGACUGCUGAUAGAUGGUUGUCGGAAAUAUAAAACGUCGUAAUACUUCAUUGUAGCACAAGGUGAUUAUUCUGUUCUAAACUUCUAAUCUUGUGACUCGUAAAUCCUUGAAAAAUUUAUUUUUGGCUGAAAGAUAUGCCCACUGAUCAGAACUUAAGAUAAACUAGCGCUGGGUUGAGCAUUUUGGAAGGGCAUGGAGUGGGUCCAAACGAAACUUUUGAAUGCCCGUUUCAAUGACGUCCUUCGCAGAUGUCUCGCUACGUCACUUGGAAGCUUCUUUCGUGGAUCUACUUCGUACCCCUGUGUGACCAGAACUUGGAAUAUAAGAAAACCUAAGGUGUUUAAUUGCCCACGUAAUUGAAUUAGUAUACUAUAAAUUCAGCUUAGCUAAGAUGAAAGAAAUUCAGGUUAAUAAAACAGUUCUUCAAAUCUACCUUAACACUAGAUACCUGGGAAAACUUGUUAUGAUUUUAGUUUGGAAAGCACAACCACACACGGUGUCUUCCACGCAUGAUAAAAAAGGACCCGACUAGCAAUUCUGUUGGCCUUUAUUGAACGGUUUCCGGGUACAUUUAUCAAUGUCAAGUCAGUCGGUGUAAUUACAUUAACAGCUGGUAAGCUCACACGAUCACCACUAGUAUACACUGGUGUGAAUUGACUGUUACAGUUUGACAGUGAGUUACACUCUCAGUCUUAUCAACAAAGAAGCUCUCGUUAUUUGCAUAGAAAGGUAGAAGCACCGUCCAUGGAAGCCAAUCCAUUUUCUAUAGAAAGUAUUCUGAAGAAAGGUUCUACCUUGAGCGUUGAAGAGGCGACAGAAACCCAACCCUCAAGAUCCAACUACGCCCUAUCAUUAGCUGUGAAGUUGGCUGACGUUAUAUUGGAAGCUCGACAAGAGAAAACUCGUCGCAUACCGAGACGCACGCGCACGGCCUUCACGCACCAGCAGUUGGGGAUCCUGGAGAAAUCCUUCAGUAAAACACAUUACCCAGAUGUAGAGCUCAGAGAGCAACUGGCUGAGAAGACCAAUCUGCAAGAGGGUAGAAUUCAGGUUUGGUUUAAAAACAGACGCGCCAAGUAUCGAAAGGAGAAGAAAAAAUGUCUCCCAGUGCAUAGCAAUCAGAACUAUGAAAGCGAGGAUGAGUACAUUGCACCCACCUAUCAGGUGAUACCAACUCAAAACUUGUCAUCUUAUGUUCAGUUUAACACGCUAGUACCGUGCUACUGCAGCUGUAACGGUACCGGGGAAACCGUUAGACAUUUCUGCAGAUUUUCGUCAACGGCGUGUACCCAUUUAGCCUCACAUGCUCAGCUGGCACACGCCAAUGGGCUUAACAGUUUGUCGUAUCCCAUGUCGUAUGCGAAUAACCAAGUAAUGGAUCAUGCGCACAUUGCACAUGUGUGGCGAGGAUAAACAAGGACAGGAAGAUGGGCGAUCGCCUCCUGCGGGAACAAAGAUCGGAUAGCGUUAGUGGCGAAAAUCGGGAUAUGCGAUACUCGUGAACUUGGUGCUUACAUCAAGUCGUCUUCCGGGAAGAAUUGUGGCACUCACAUGCAAUUUAAGAGGGAAGCGACAGCAAGGCUGCUGACCACGAUUCACAGACAGAACAAGUGGAAAAAAGUGCGAUUAAUUUUUCCAAUAACGAAAACGUGAAAAGUAAAAAUAACAUAAAGAUGAACAAUGUAAAUAAUUUAGCGUUUGUUAUUUAAUUUCGUAGAGGAAGAGAUUUUCUUAACAAUUUAACUAUAAAACACUGCGACAAUAUGGAAAAACUUAAAACCAUUUUGGUUUAAAAACAUCGACGACGUUUCAACGUUCGCUUAACGUCAUUAUUAAGUCAACUGAGUGAAUAGUAUUUGUACCCAUUUUAUUCACUCAGUUGACUUGAUAAUGUCGUUAAGCGAACGUCGAAACGUCUUCGUUGUUUUUCAACCAAAAUGGUUUUACGUUUUUUCCUAUUGUCGCAGCGUUUUAUAGUUGAGUUAUUUAAUUUAUUUAGCGUUCAUAAUUUAUUUUACUAUUAGUUUCUUUUUGUUGCAAACACGUUCAUGUAUUAUUUACCGAGCUUACUUAGCUUUUAGGCGCAGCUUGUCAGUGUAGAUGGAGUGUGUUGCUGUUGUUGCUAUUGCUGCGUGUAGAAGGAAAUGCCUCAAUUGCCGCAUGAUUCACUUGGAAUUUUCUCUUUCAAAAGCCUGUUUACGAUAAACAGAGCUACAAGAAGAUAAUUUGGCUUUAAAUUUCAUGUAUCGAAAAGAAACCUCUCCAAAAACAACCUUCAGAAUGGGGAAGUGAAGUUUGCGUCGGACGAAUUCCGACACUGCGAACGGUAAGAGUCAAAAAAAAAAAUAAUAAUAAUAACGAAUCUUUAGACAGGAUUAACCCAUCAGUACUAUAAAGUACUGUUAUCAAAGGGGUCCUGUAAGAUUUAAAAAUUUAAAAGUUUAAAAUAGGUAAAAAGUUAAAAAGGCAAAACUAGUACAUUGGGAAACAUAUAAACUCACGAUUAAAAAUUACAAAUAAAAAUGUUCGUUGGCCUUUUGCCUAAAUAAAAGCCUAGAGUUCAGAGUUCUUAUGUCCACCGGUAAACUGUUAAAAAUUGAAGCCCCUAAAAACGAAAAACUCCGACGGCCAAACUCCAAGUUCAUUUUCGGCAGUUCGAUCGAGGAAAAUCUAUUUCUUGUGUUGACAUUGUGACUUACCCUUGUAAAAUAGUUCUUAAAAGGCGUGCAUACAUUUCCAAUUAGACAAUCAAAAACAUACAGACAGACUUUUCUUUUCAAAUAACUGUCAACUGAUGGAAUACGAAUGCCAGUCUUGUUUUGCAGACCUGAGGAAAUGCAGCUUAGUCUACGAUGUUCGAGGUUGCGAAUUAGUUGCCUGCGCGUAUUUGAAUAGCUUAGUGUGAUUAGACUACAAUAGGUAAAAACCCGUGCCCGAGACGCAAAAGUUUGCACAGUUGAACUGAAGAUUUACAAAAGUUAAUGUCAGCUAGUUUAAUUGUCCUUUAUUGCCACAAGAUAAUGAUUUCUCUUUCAUGAGCCCGCUUAACGCGGACACCUUUUAUUAAUCAUAAGGUAUUAAGCCUAACAAGUUGAACCCCGCUAUUUCGAACUCUCAAGGGAAAGCAGAUACAGGCCGAAAUAGCCGGAGUUCGAAAUAACUCAGGGUAAAUGACUGAGGGUCAAAUCCAAGAGAAAUGGUUUUGUGUUUGAAAUAACGGGGAAUUCGAAAUGACCGAGUUCGAUUUAGCGGGGUCCAACCGCAUGGCCUUUUCGUCAAGACAGGCACAACUGUCCGUAUUAAGUGGGUGUGCAUUCAUUCUAACAGCUCGCUUCAUUCGGACACUGGGAUAACACGCAUACUGAUGUGUCUUAAUAUAGGUGACUUUAUAAAAGUAAUUGUACUUAACCGUUGGAUUGUUAUGAAAUGAUUAGUUAACUAAAUGAUUGAUAAUAAUUUCAUUCUACAAAGUCUACGUACAGCAUUAAAUGCCGGCUCACAUCAUACCCAGCAAAGAUUACACUUUUGCUUAUGGUUACAGAAACAAUUCAUCAAUGUCAUAUACCUAUAUUUUUAAUUUCUCCCCGAGUAACAAAAUAUACAGCAAAUCGAAUGAUGUGGUAUUUUUAUGGGAAAUAAUGUAAGUGAUUCAACCCCUUGUCAGAUGACGUUUUCCGAACAGUCAAAUAAUUAAAUUGCUUCCUCAAGGUCAAAACAACGUUCGCUACUUAUCUUAUGGAUAAAGAACUACAGUAAAAUAUCAACGGUUUAAGACAAUUACCAACAAAAGCGCUUGGUAAUCUCAUUAAUAGAAAGCAACCUUUUUCGUGCACGUGGCGAAGGGUCACUACGACAGAGAAAAAAUGUAAACAAUAUAACAAGGAGUGAGGAGGUCACUGUUUCAAUACCUUCGAGGAAGUGACACUGUUCAAUGAUUUUCUUGAAUAAGUUUACCGUUAAAGCAGGAAAGCAGGACAUUGAAUGCUUAAUGUAAAUAAGUUACGUUUCCACAACUUCGUAUCAUCACGCCGACUUCGUGCUCUACUCGAUUUGAUCAGUUAUUUUUUUUAUCGGAGAAACACUUCUGAGAUUAAGUUUACCAUCUUGGCGCCAGAAGACAAAGAUAGACCAUGGUGAUGCAAUACAAGAUCGCUUCUAGAGGAAAAAAGAAAAAAAGAGAGGAAAUAUUGAGAAUAUUACAUGUAACUAGCUAAGGAGAAGAGACAACUUACUCGACUAACUUAAAUUGUAAAACAAAUAUACUUUAAAAGUUAGAUGUAUUUCUGUUAGAGUAAAAUCACGACAGAUUUUGCAUUUUUUGCAUCAUUCACUCCAGUUAAUUGCUCUAUUCAUGAAGUCUUAUUCUUAUCUUCUAAUCAAGGGCCUGCCCCUCAAAACAUCUUACGAAGUAACGUCUAGCAUUACCUAAAAGUUUGUUUUAUAGGCUUUAUAAGGUAAUAAAGGUUUCAUUGUUUUUCUACUGGCCGUUUGACAAAUGCAAUUACAGCAUGCGACCUCGGCUCUUCGGACAGUGCAUUCAGGCGGUCGGCGCUAAUUAAUUACUUUAUUGGAACACUGCAUGGUAAAUUCUAAAUGGACCCGUGGUCUGGAACAACAGAUGGAAAUAUUUGCAGCAUAGAGAAGCAAGCCAGGUGGUACUUUGUCCCUUUGUAUAAUCUGUUGCCACACAUUUUUUAAAGAAUAUUUGACAUAAUAUUCGCCAAGAGGUAAAAUGAUAAUAUGUAAGGCUAAAGAAGAAGGAAAAAAUAAUAUAAAACGGAACGUUUUCGACUUAUUGAUGACAGAAUCUCGAGAACUUUUGGUUUUGUGAUAAAAUAACUUUUAUUCUACGACAAUUCAAGCCGCUUGCAAAAUGUAAUAUUUCGCUCACAUAAAGGUA